GCUACAUCGCACCCGCGACAAUUCCGCGGUCAAUCGUUUGCGUGGCACUGCUCCUCUUCUUCGUGCUGUUUUGGCUGCUUAGCGGCCUCAUCGUUAGCUGGUGAGGCAUGAGGCUCAUUCGCUUACUACAUCUUGCUGGUCUCGCUGUGUUGGUGUCAUCAUUGAGUCCAGCAUCAUCGGAGGAUGCCGUAACCUCUACGUUGAACUGCACGACAACCGAUGGUUUCGUCAGUUUUCAUCCAACAAAUGCCAGCCGUGUCGAUGAAGCAGCCAAUAACAAGCCGAAAGAGGAGCAGCAGAGAUUUAAUAGAUUUUCAAGUGAUCGUCGUUAUGAUAGUUAUUCUGGGGGUAGUAAAAUAAAUCGACGAUAUGAGCUUCCCAAAGUAGCGAGUCAAAAUGAUAAUGUAGAUAACAAUCAGAAUAAAGAUUCUCAAGGUCAUGCGUCAAGUCGACAUCUAGAUCAUGAUCGAAGGUUUCUUACAGGAGCCAGUGGUGAUUAUUUCAGGCGAGAGCAAACUAAAAAUAAUCAGCGUCAUUCAGCGAAUAGCUACCCAAAUGACGAUUAUAGCUCAAAGGGAGAUGAUAGACUUGAUUACGUGAAUGGUAAUAAUGACAGAGUAAAGUUUGAUCCAUCAAGCCAUUACUUAAAUGAAAACCGAAGAUAUGAUCUUAGUACUGAACAUAAUGACCAAGGGAAAGAUAUACGUGAUCAUCCAUUAAACCCUUAUGAUGAUCAUGUUUCGAUUUCAAAAACGGAUUUCGAAAACGUUCGUGAAAACUAUAACCUAGAAAAAUAUGAACGGACUCGUCCACGGAAUCGUUUUGAUGAAGAUCAUACUCUGAAAGCGAAUUUUGAUCACGAUAACAUAAAUAUUGAUCGAAAGAAUGAAUGGGAUUAUUUAAAAACUCAUUUCAAUGAUGAUAAAAAGAUUGAUUAUCAACGAUCGAAUAUUAAUCGAGAAAAAAAUGAACAAAAUCAUCUAUUGAAUCGUUUCAAUACUGAUCGCGGUUUAGGAAUGGACAAUGACAAUCAAAACAAAAAUAUACAAAGCCGGCCUCAAAGUCGUCAUUUGGAUAAUAAUAAAACAAAAAAUGAUCACGACCAAAUUACUGGUCUUGACCUUGAAACAAGUAAUUCAGAUGAAAAUUUGAAUGUCUAUCCUUUAAAUACAAACUCAAAUAGAAACCCUGAUGAUAAAAUAAUGGAAGUCAUUGAUAAAAGUUUGGAAGUUCAACCUUUGGAACAACAUGGAACUGAAAAUUACGCCAACAAUUUUAAUGAAAACAAAAAUGUUGGUCAUGAUGAAACUAGAGGAAGUAUUGAUAAACGUGUCGAGGAUUUACAUCCAGUAAAAAGCUUAGUAGACCAUAAAUUAAAUGAUCCAAUAGACUAUCAUCACAUGCAUGACACACGUUCUGAACAAAAUCCAAUUGAUCAAAAUUCUAAAAGACAUUUUAAAGAUCUUCAUGAUGAUGAACAUUCACAUCCAAACUACUAUAAAGAUCCUUAUUAUUCAUCGUUUGAUAGAGACUAUAAAGACCAAAAUUCUGAUAGACGUACGAACAAUGAUAAAUAUACUAACUAUCGGGACAGGAUUUUACCUGAUGAACAUAAUGAUGACUUAAAUUUCGACCAGCAUCCUCUAAAAGAACAUUCAGAUGAUAUAUAUUCGGAAAAACAUACAAGUGACGCAAGUGCAAGUAAAUUACCUCCAAGAGAUCAUCAUGAGAAAUUACAUUCUAAUCAACCAGCAAGUAAUCGAGAUUUUGGACCACACAGUGAUCCUUUACCUGAACGACGACUUGGAAGUAAUCUCCAUCCCGAUGAACGUCUGAGCGACAGGAAUUAUAACAGGAAAAUUAGUAGCCAUAUACCAAAUCGGUACAGAGAUGAUGAUCUACAUGUCGUGCCCAAAGUCAAGGAUCUAAACUAUGAUAAAUAUCCAGAUGAAAAGAUAACGGAUGAUUACACAACCAUAGAACCUCGAAAAGAAUCAAAUAUAUCACAUUUGAUGACUUUCACGGUUUUAAGAGACUGGGAAGAAAACAGACCUAAACUAAUCUUUCCGAAUAAAACAGGUAUUGAAAGAUACAGAAUGGCCACACUUCAUCUUGACAAAGGAAUAUUUGUCUUUGAUUUUCUACGUUAUUUUCUAUCUUUCAUUCAACCAAAAGAUGUUCCAAUAGAUAUUCUGAAAGACUCUAUAGAGGGUAAAAUAAGGGUAUCAACGUUAAUUGGACAGAUGAUAUAUCUGGAAAUCCUUUUCAUCGCUGUUAUAGUUAUGAUGAUCAUUUUAAUGCUCAUUGUGCCCAGCACUGAAUUCUGGUUAUGCUGUCGGUCAAGCCGUUACAAUUAUAGGCGUAAACGCCGUAGAUCAAUGACAUUCUUCCUCUGUUUAUACACUUUAACGAUUCUAGUGUGCGCGGUAACAAUGCUAGUCUGUAACGAGGAGGUGAGCAUAGGUAUAAAGACGAUUCCCAAGACAGUGGAAGCAGUGAUACAGGAUCUCAGAGACUAUCACGCAGGCACUGCUGGCCAACUGAGAAAGUGUCUUACGCGUAGCCUUGAUGUCGCCAGCGAAGCCAUACUUGCUGAUCUCGAUAACGUUGAGGAAUUGCUGGGUAAGCCAGUGCAAGUGCAACUGUCACAGGAGACUGGAGUGGACAUCGCGCUCGAGGCGCUAAUGGACGUUGCUAACAGUUCGCAAGAAUUAGCAUACAAGACGGACGGUUUGCUGAAGCGAGCGGAUCGUGCACGUGAAUUUGCAGCUGAGUUGGGCCGUGAGACCGAUGAUAUACGUCGUGAUCUCGAACGAGCACAACGUGACUGUGGCCAUGAAGAUCGUUCACUAUGUGCUGUACUCGAUCCUACGGGACUUCAUCUGGCACUCAGACUCGAUAGGAUAAUAAAAAUAACUCAAUAAUAUUCGAAGUAAUGAGAAUCACGUAAAAUAGAAAAUAAUCAUGCCAAGAAAACUUCUUAAGAU